AUGCGCUCAUUUAUCUCCGCCUCACUCGUGGCUGCGGCUACUCUGUGCUCUACUGUGCAUGGGGUUAUAAUCACUAAACCCGCCGCUGGCGACUCUGUCGAUACCUCCCAAGGCUUUGACAUCGUCUGGGAAUACGACUCGUCUGACCCACUGGAUUGGGAGAUCGAGUUGGGCAAUCCUAUUCCAAUCCAACUACUAGCAGUCAAUGUAAAGCCCACCAGCGUUGCGUCCGGCCAAACGGCGCAGUACACAUACCACGUCGAACCACAGACCAUUGAUGCUGGCGAUAACUACUAUAUUCUACUCGACGCGCGAAACAAAGCUGGCGAUUCUCCGGAGUCCGAUGAGUUCACCAUUGCCGAUAGUAGUAGUAGCAGCACUACCACGACUUUGCCCGUACAUUCUACUUCAUCUCUCACCAGUACUUCUACAACGUUCAGCUCUUCUCUUAGCACUUCUAUUACCUCCGGAAGCGACAUAGAGCAGCCAACUUCGACGACGAGCACGUUCAUCACGACUACAACAACCACACCAGCACCAAACACGGCUACGCCUACCAAUUUAUCAAGUGAUACGUCGCCUUCCCAACCGUCAGGUGCUCUUUCAACGGGAACAAAAGCGGGAAUUGGAGUGGCUAUUCCAGUUUUCGUCAUCAUACUUGUUCUGGGCAUCCUCUGGUAUCUUCGCAAGCGUGGUAAAAACAAGAAAGAGGUAUCUCCAGAAGUUGGUAAAGAAUCCAAUGCACAAUUUUCGCCGCACAAUUGUCCUCCGAAUCCCAAUCUCGCUGAAGCAGACGGAAACCCUGUCAGUGAAUUGGACAGCAAAUCUAUAUUACCAUUACAAUCAUCACCUAAGGGUACACAGGAUCAAGUGGUUUAUGAAUUGAGUAGUGAUCCUACAAUUUAG